ACUGGAACAGUGAUGAAACGCUCCGCGCGCAUUGCACGCGUCUGGUGUGAUGCGCGCUCAUCACGUGCUUCAGCUCGAUCCAUCCAGCCGCUUCGAGCAGAACAAAUUAUCUCACCUCUCAAGAAAAAACCUUUAAGAUUGACGUCAAAAAGAUUAAACUAUUCGGACACAUCGAGCUGAACGCGGAGGAAUCGGAUGUGAGUGGAAGUGUUGGGAAACCUCCAGGUCAGGACCAAGUGCAUUUCCUCGUCUCCGGCAGCCCGUGGGAAGUUUCUUUCCAUGUGAAACCCAUCUGACACACAUGAUCUGCUCCAUACGCACUCAUUCUGGACCAGCGGGGACACUUCCAUAUCCAUAGAUUGUAUAACAACCAACAGAAGACGAGACUGGAUCGUAUAGGCUAUUCCUAUAUGAACUGUGAGAUUUGGGGUGCAUGCAUAAAUGCCAAGAAACUGCAUUAGAGAGAUAUCGACCAAAGAGAACGAGAUUUUUUUGUGGAAAAUGGACCCGCCGAAUAAGGAGAUACGGUCACCGGAGAACGGCCCCAGCUCAGCUCGGCCCUGUUGCUCAAGCCUCAAGAUGUUCCUUGUGGCCUUGUCCUUUGCCUACUUCGCCAAGGCAUUAUCUGGAAGCUAUAUGAAAAGCACAAUAACUCAGCUGGAAAGACGCUUCGACAUCCCCAGUUACUUAAUAGGUGUCAUUGAUGGCAGCUUUGAAAUAGGUAACUUGUUAGUGAUCGCCUUCGUGAGUUACUUUGGUGCCAAACUUCACCGUCCGAAGAUCAUCGCCAUUGGCUGCCUGUUGAUGUCACUUGGGACAUUUCUGAUUGCCUUGCCGCAUUUUAUAAUCGGACGCUACAAGUUUGAAACAUCGAUUGGAUCAUCAGUGAACUCCACCAGUAACCUCUCUCCAUGUCCAGUGAGGUCUAGCGUCCUGGCCGUGGGUCCCAGCGCUUCUUCUGCGCCGAGCUCAGGUUGCGAACACGAGUCCAUGUUAUCCAUGUGGAUCUAUGUUUUCCUUGGGAAUAUCUUGCGAGGAAUUGGUGAGACCCCAGUGCAACCUUUGGGAAUCUCAUACAUCGAUGAUUACGCUCUGGAGGAGAAUGCAGCCUUCUACAUCGGAUGCGUCCAGACGAUAUCAGUCAUCGGUCCGGUGUUUGGCUACCUGCUGGGGUCCGUCUGUGCCAAGAUAUACGUGGACAUUGGAUUUGUCAACAUGGAGAGCAUUAGCAUCACCCCGGGAGAUGCACGCUGGGUAGGCGCCUGGUGGCUGGGAUACCUUAUUGCAGGAUUCAUCACCCUGCUCUCAGCUGUGCCAUUUUGGUUCUUGCCCAAGUCUUUGCCCCUGCCAGAGAAACGGCUUGCCAAAUAUUCUCCAGAGCGGACCAGCUUCAUCAAAGACUCGCCCCUGCUGGAGCACAAGUACCACGCAGACGAGCCAGCGAACUUCCUAGAAAUGGCCAAAGACUUUUUGCCAACGCUCAGAUCCCUUUUGGGGAACCCAGUCUACUUCUUGUAUCUCUGCAUCACCAUCAUCCAGUUCAAUUCUUUGAUUGGUAUGGUGACAUACAAGCCAAAAUACAUCGAGCAACAUUACGGACAGUCAGCGUCCAAAGCCAACUUCUUAAUGGGAGUGAUCAACAUCCCAGCCGUAGCAUUGGGAAUGUUCUCGGGGGGAGUGAUCAUGAAGAAGUUCAAGCUGAGCAUCAUGGGAGCAGCCAAGUUUGCGCUGGGAACGUCUCUCCUGGGCUACUUCCUGUCACUUUUCUUCUUCGCCAUGGGAUGUGAGAAUGCCAGCGUGGCCGGCAUCACCAGGUCAUACACUGGGGAGGAAAGUCUGUACAAAAUGGACAGUUCUCUCUUAGCGUCUUGCAACACAGACUGUCAGUGUCCCGAAACAAACUGGGACCCCGUGUGCGGUGAGAACGGCCUCACCUACUUCUCCCCCUGCCUGGCUGGAUGCCGGACGUCCCAUGGCUCUGGACUGGACACGGUGUUCGAGCAGUGCAGCUGUGUAGCAGUCGGGAAUCAUACGGCCAGUGCAGGUCAGUGCAACAACAGAGACAGCUGCCAUCGAGUCUUCCCCUACUUCCUGGCUCUGUCUGUCAUCACUUCCUUUAUCAUCUCGCUGGGCGGAACACCAGGAUACAUGCUGCUCAUCAGGUGCAUCAGACCUCAGCUGAAGUCUUUAGCUUUGGGUUUUCACACACUGACGACACGCACUCUAGCUGGAAUCCCAGCUCCUAUAUACUUCGGAGCCAUCAUAGACACCACCUGUCUGAAAUGGGGUCAGAAGAAAUGUGGUGGGAGAGGAGCCUGUCGAAUCUACAACACCACUGCCUACAGGAUAGCGUAUCUAGGCCUGACACUGGGUUUACGGACCGCUUCCUUCUUCCUGUGCAUUCUGGGACUGGUGGUGUUACGACGGCACGUUAGGAGGCAAGAGCACAUGACGCUCACAAACGGAGGAACAGGGGCCAUGGCCGGCGAACUACAGGCCCUCAGGAAAGAAGAAAACAACAGCUGUAACUCGAACCAAUGCCCGCAGACUACAGAUUACGACCCGGAACGGGAGACGCGUUUGUGACGUACAUGCAUGCACACACACGCCUGCACAGGGAGCAACAGGGCCGUGAUGUUUCACUUUCAAUCGGACUCAUGUAAAUGAUGUGAAAUAAGUUGUUUUUGAUAUAGUAGAAGUAUUUCUUGAAUGUACAUGAUGUUUUGGGGAAAAAAAGAAGAAGAAGAAUGUCUUUCAAACUCCCUAACUUGUUGGGAUUUAAUGUAAAGAUGCUUUUAGAAGCAUCUGACGCCCUAAAUAGAGGCAAUUAAGCAUUGGAUCUCCUCUCAUUUAGGCCAUCGUCGUGCACAGGCCCUAUAAG